CCCCAGAAUCUGAAUGCGGCUUUGGAGCAUUAUAAAUACCACAUGUGAUGCACCGGCAAGCCUCGGUCGUGAAGAAGCUCAGGGUUGCAGAAGUACAUCAAUCCUUUUUCUUUCCAUAACAAAGAAGACCAUCAUCCAUCUUCAGUUUUUUUUUCUCCCCCCAAUUUCAGUUUAUUUCUGGCCAGUUGCAUGCAUUGUUCGUCUCCCAAAAUGGUUUGCGAGACUAAAAUCGUUUCAGACGAACAUGAGGCCAUAGCUGGGACCAAAAAAGAUUCAAUUAUAGUUUCCUCCGCGCAAAUGUGGACGUCUUCUUCGCCUUCUCCCAGUGCGCUCGAGAGUAAGGUGGAAAAACGGGACCAGGUUUUUAUUCGCGAGUUUGAACGUUCAGACCAUAAGGAGGUGCGCCGGAUCUUCAGCGAGGGGAUCAUGGAGCGGAUACCCAACUCGGCAUUUCGGGGGCUAAAACAGCAAACUAGAACCCAAUUUAUCUAUGCUUUUCUCACAGUAAUGUGCUAUUUUAUGACCAAAUCCUUCACACUGACCUUCUGCACACCGUUUAUUCUAAUGGGCACACGUUAUUACUACAGCAGAAAAGUCAUUCUCAACUACCUGGACUGUGCUCUGCACACUGAUAUGGCUGACAUUGAGGCAUAUUAUAUGAAACCCACAGGCUCUUGUUUCUGGGUGGCAGUUCUGCAAGGCCAGGUUGUAGGCAUCGUGGCAGCGCAAGGCCGAGAAGACGACAACACCGUGGAACUCCGUCGCAUGUCAGUGGAUUCUCACUUCCGUGGAAAAGGCAUCGCCAAGGCUCUGGGUCGACGUGUUCUAGAAUUUGCCAUGUUAAACAACUACUCGGCCGUGGUUCUGGGAACAACUGCAGUCAAGAUGGCCGCGCACAAGCUGUACGAGUCUUUGGGUUUCCGGCGAGUGGGAGACACUGAGGACCACACGCUGCCUGGGAUGACCCGUUCAGCGCUGGAGAGGCUCUUCUUCCAGAUUCGCUACAGCCGGUACCGAUUGCAGCUUCAUGAAGAGUGAGAGACAGACAGUUAACGUGAGCGCAGAAGAUAGAAUAUAAACGACGAUGCCGGCAAUGACCCUGAACCACCCACUAACCUGGUUCUCUUCUUCUAGCUAUUUAUUUAUGUUUUGGGCUUUUUUUAAAAGUCAUAUCUGUUCCUACAACCUUUAUUUUUAUUCAUUUUAUUUUUAUACAUAUUUUCAUGAUAUUUUUUUUUUAAAGUGGGGUUUCAUUCCUUUGACCACACUGGAUGUUUCUGCUCUUAUACUUUCUUUUCGUGGCCAUCUUGCCCUGAAAUGCCAUGAACAAAUCUUAAUUGGAUAUAAAUGUAAAUUUGUUUGCAGAGACAGAUUCUCCCUUGAAACACAUGAAUCAAGGCAGCUGCCGCUGACCUUUUCCCAAACCAUUCUUUAGGUUGACCCACAGGGUAGCACAGACCACUGUUAGCAAAGUUCAUGAUCCAGUGGACAUCGGAACAGGAGGGAAGGAGGUAGUGAGGUUUGAUCCACCUUUUCAGAUGCCACCUUCCUCAUGAAGUAUGAAGCAACAGCAGCAGUCUGGUGGAGUCAAACAGUCCAACUAAUUGUAAUUUUUAGUCCAAAGGACAGACUUUUUAACUGUGUCUAACCAAUGAGCAAAGAGAUCUAGAAAUGGGGAAUAUUGUGAACCCAGUGAUUUAUAUCUCUAAGCACCCCCCGUUUAAUAGGUUACGAUAACAACUUUGCAAUAUAAUCUUUAUUUGUUUUGUUAAGCAGGUUCCUAGUGCUGAGCCAUAUUAUCAACAUUAGGAAAGGUCAAAAAUGACUAUAAAACAUAAAUGUUCAUCAUGUUAAAGUGAAAGAAAAAGAAAAAGAAAAAGAUGUUUCUUUACACUUUGUGGCUGACAAAAGUAACAGUCAGUGAAACUCGCGUUUACAGAUAUAAUUGCUACAGGAAAGUCACUUUUCUAAAAUCUAGAAGAAAAAAACAUCACUUGAAAUUUGAUCUUAAAAGUACACCCAUUUCAUAUACUGUGAUCAUCUGGAUCACACAGCUGUCAUUGAUCCGAUUUUAGCACAUAUCUAUUUGUGUAUCUAUUUGAUGAAGCUUUAAUAAUGACUUGAUUAAACUUUUGUACACUUUGUGGGUAAUUUCACAAUUCAUAUUAAGGGAAAAAUAAUUAGUCUGAUAUCGCUCCUCUGAUGCAAUAUCUAAAAUACAAACAAAGCAAAAACAAAUGCAAUCAGACUCCAAGUGUAUUCAAAUUCAACUUGGGUGGCAUAAAAGCAGCAAUAUAACUGAUAAAACCGAAAUUAAACUGAGCACAAAUCUAAAUCUGGAUAUUACCAAAAAAAAAAAAAAAAAGAUCUGUAUAAGUAAACAGUAUAUAAGGCUUUAUAUUCUGCAACUAUUCAAUAUGUAUAUGUGAAAUGUUUGAAUACAUAUAUAUGACAUACCCAUAAUCUCUCUCUGUCUCUAUCCUCCUAUCACAGUACCAGCACAGGGAGAGAUACAAACCACAAAGAGCCUCAUCUGUGACACAAUGUUGUAUAAACUUAAGAAACUUAAUGUGAUUUUAAAUACAUAGAAGUAACAUGUAGUGCAAAAAACUAACAAAAAAAACAAAACAAAAAAAAAUAGAAGAAAAAUAUAAAAUAAAAAAACAUGACCAUCGUCAGAUUUCCUCGACUUUAACCCCACCCCAAUUUGAAUAUCUGAUUGCAACCCUGGGCCAGACGUCUCCCUCCCUUACCCAACCUCUCAACCCUACCCCCAUCUCUGCAUGCGCCACGGAGUCUUGUUGCGCUGCCUUUUUCCCAAUCUAGCUUGUACUAUCCCCAUACCUCCCUCCCUCUGUGAUGUCACAGUAGCAGUGUGGAGAGUUGUGGGCAUGGCUUAGAAUGUGAGAUGGGGCGGGGUCAACCAAACAAUGGACUACCCACCAGCUUGCUGCUUCAAUGACAUCACAGCUGCCAAUAGUAGAAUGCAAAAGCAAUGCAAGUUUGUGGCAUGCCUCUGUACCUGGUUUGUGCGUACGGUGCCUGCCCUGGAAAAUAAGUAUAUUUAAAACUAUGUAAAACAAGCUUCUUUUUUAACUGAGCAUAUAACAAAUAUGUGUGUUUUAUUGUUCAAAGAAAUUGUUGUUGCAUGAAACGUCUUUGCAAGAAAAAUCAGCAAGAAAAUACCAUCAUUCACAUGGCAAGUCUUAAAAGCUAGAGCGGUUUCUUUUGAUAUUUCUAUGUAAUUUCAGUUCUAAAAUUCUUAUCAUCUUUUAGGAUAUUGAGAAAUUUCCUUUUUCUCAUAAGGCGGCCAUGAAAAUUAUUAAUCUGAAUGUGCCGUUUUGACUACUGUUAAGUUGUGAUGCUUCUCACUUUACUCGUGAGGACGUCUUUAUUUUUGCCAUGUGGGUUAAAACAAAAAGGCACCAAGAAAGCAAUUCACUAGACAGCUUUGCCAGUUGCGUGUGCCAGUCAAAUUAGACACAGCAUUCACCUGUCUCCCUUAAAAUUGACUCAUUUUUGUGGCCAGUUAAGCUAGGUUUGAAUGCACUUAAAAUCCUUAAGAAGAAAGGUUGGGUUGAUGAAAUCCUUGAUGGGAUAUUUAAACUAUCAACAUGAAAGGCAGAGUAACCUAAAGCAAACUGGCUACAGAUUGCUUACCUGAGAUCUUGUGAAACACUUGCGCUAAACUCAGAAAGGCAAAAACAAUCCACAAACACAUAAAUAGAAUACAGUAUAAAAUACAUAAGCAUGAAGUUGUAUUCAAUCCAACAUUUAGGAAUCAGUAUCAGAUCAACUGGAAAAAAAUCACACAAAUGUCUUAAUGGGAUUUACCAUAGUGCUGGCAGAUGUGAAUGUACACGGCAAUCAGCAAUGUAUUGCAUAUUUUGAAGAUCCAGAUUCGAACGGUGUUUGAUGUACUUGAGGUCUUUUGCUAUGAGUGUUAUUCUUAAGCUGUAGUGCAACUGCCUUGAAAAUCCUCAUCUUAUUACUCUGAAUGCAGUUAGCAUGGGAUUGGGGAUUUCAUGUAAGGUGCAUGUAUUGUUGCCAAAUUGAAGAGAGCCUUAUUGUAAUGCUACAAUUGCAAGCGAGUGCAAGAACACCAUGAUCACUGCUUGUGUUUAACUAAACCGUUGAGCAGUCCCUGAUCAUGCCGCUAGUUUUGCACAUGCUAAAGGCUCAAUCAAAUUGGAUUUAUGUAUACAGUUAGUGUGUCAUAUGUGGUUUGGAUUGGUGAUUUGAUUGGCUAGUGAAUGUCUCUGAAAGUUGAAACAGUGCUCAAGAGAGUAGCCAAGUUGUUAUGCAAGGAUAAGAAGCUGGGGUUUUACUCAAGUUUUAAAAAUUAAAUAAAUACAUAAACCCCAGAACUAAAGUGCAUUCUUUGUAUAUACAUUUCUAGUGUUAGUUCGAAAGAACAGUUGAUGUUAAGGCAUUCAGAUUGACCUUGGUAAGCUGCAUGAAAGAGAUGGCUGCUAAGAAUGUUUAACUUUAGAGAGGAGAAGGCAGUCAGAGAAAAUGCACAAUGGUAGAUGGUCUUGCUUCAUCACUGUCAUCUUUUAGGUGGUGCAUGGAACAAGCCAAGGUACCAAUGUGUGGAGCUGCUCCCUUCUCCCUUCAUUUUCUAGGUUGACAGCACUCCAUUAAUUGUGGCUUCAAGCGGCAAGGAAUUAGUGGCAAAUUAUUAUUUCAUUUUUUUUUUUUUUUAAAUAAGGGUUUGUCUCAAGCUUAUUUAUGAUCCACUACAAUGCAUAAACAGUAUUUUUUAAAAGUUAAAUUUGACAAAGUCGAGAUGUUUGCUGCAUUUCAUUUAAUUUCUUUUGCAAUUUGUCUUCUUUGUAGAAUUAAUUUAAUCAAGUCUAUGUGCCAGUUUAUCGAGCAAUAAUACAAAGUAUCACAGUAAAAAAAAAAAAAAAAAACAUAAAACAUAAGAACAUGAUCCAUGAGAUUAUAAAAAUGUUAAAAUGCUGCAUUGAUGUUCAAUUUCCUCAUACUUUACUGGUGACAGUCGCUCAGAUGUUAUUGGUUUUGGCACAGCAACAUCACCACAGGCAAGCCAAGGCCUGACAAAGUGUGAAUUUUUUUUUUGUAUAUUCUCAUUGUUUUUUAUUUCCUCAUGUUUACUUGCAUCUUGAAUUCUUCAGUUUAUGGUAGAUUUUUACGUUGUACUGAUAUGACGCCCGCAAAAAUAAUUGAAAAACCUUUGUGACUGGGUGAUGUCAUGGGCCUCUGAAAGUUGCGUCACGCUCUGAACUCAACUGAUCAGUCUCAAAUAUCCACAGUCUCCUGAUUCACAAGGAGUGCAGUCUCCAACAAUCUGUGACAAUGAUCAAAACAGACAAAUCAACACCACACAACCAGUUUUACAAGUGGUGCAAUACACACAGUUCCAUAUUAACAAAGCUUUUAUUAUUUUUCUUGAAAAAUCCUUUUUUAUUAACAUUUUAAUAUAUGUAAAGUUGUAAAGUGUAAUGUACUGUAAAUAGCAUUUGGGGACAUUUUAUGAUCAUUUUGUAACAGAAACUAUAUGAAUAUAACUAAGAUGUUUACAAAAAAUAAAAAUAAAAAACAAUACACUUUGGGAAACAACCGCAAACUGAAACACAAUUCUAACGAUACAAUCAUCUUACGUUUGUGCCAGAGCAAAAGCAACUUUCAGAGACCCUGCAUCCUCUCAGCACUUAUUAUGGGCUUUUAGAAGCAUUGUAAAGUGCUGGUGGGUUACUAAAUCAUUGUAAAUUACUGCUAAUUUACGGGUAAAUCCCUGGAAAUGUAUGGCACUUAAAAGAUCAUUUCACAAGUUGGCAGUAAAACUUUUUCUUUGCUUUAGAAAUGCUCAUGUUUACAAUUUCUGGUGUAAGUAGGCGUUAGUUGCCCCAUUUAUAUCAGCGUGGUCACAUUUCAGUUAUUGGCUGCCUAUUACUAUAGAAACAAGCCCACACAUAGCACAGCAGGGAAAUGAUAUGCAGCCGUACAUGGGGGCGGGGUCUAGUAUGAUAAUGAGGGCUGGGUAGAAUGGAGUUUAGGGAAAGAAAAAAGGAGGUUUUCACUACGGUAAAUCUGACCUAGCUUUACCUGUUUGGUUGCAGUGAUCACCUGGUUCUUUGUGUCUGAAAUCAUUGUACCGUCUGAGUUUCCUUUUGGAGUUUUUUUUUUUUUUUUUAACUGCUCUUUAAGUUGCCCCCUUUUCUUCCAUUUCCUCAAUACACAGGAACUUUGUAAAGAUGUAAAGAAAAGUUUUCCUGAUUUAUGAAAGAAAAGGAUGUACAUACUGUAUCAAUUAAAGGAAUGAUUCAUAAAGCUUGUA